AUGCGCUAUGCCGCCCCGCCCCUGGGGAAUCUGAGAUGGAGGGCUCCAGCUGAGCCGGUAAGGUCCGACCCUGGGACGGUUGAGAAAGCCACGACGUAUCCUCCAAUAUGCCUCGGCAUCGGCGUGCCUUAUCCCGCCGAAGGACAGAGCGAAGACUGCCUGUUCGUGAAUGUCUGGGCACCGACGAACGCUACGGUCACGUCCAAGCUGCCGGUGUGGGUGUUUAUUCAGGGCGGCGGAUAUGUUGCCAACACAAACGCCAACUGGAACGGCGCUGAGGCGGUAGAAAGAAGUGGCCACAAUAUCAUCAUGGUUAAUUUCAACUACCGUGUUGGGCUCUGGGGCUUCCUUGCGAGCGAGCGCGUGAGGGAGGACGGGGCUUUAAACGCUGGCUUGCUGGACCAGCGGAUGCUGUUGAAGUGGGUGAAAGAGCACAUUGCUGCGUUUGGCGGAGAUCCUAACCACGUCGUCAUCCACGGCGCCUCAGCCGGAGCAGGCUCGGUCGCCAUGCAACUUCUGACUUACGGCGGUCGCAACGAUCGUCUAUUUGUUGGGGCCAUGGCUGAGGCCAUUUUCUUUCCGGCCCAGCCCCUGGUUUCGGAACUGGAGUACCAGUUCAACCGGAUAGUGAACCAGACGGGCUGCGGCAGCGUGUCCUCGGCUCGGCAGAUGGAGUGUCUCCGGAGCAGGGACACUGCCGUGCUGCAGGCUGCCAACUACGCUCAACCUUUCCCCGGCCGCUCAGAGCCCCCAAUGCCCCUUUUCUAUUUUACUCCCUGUGUUGACGGCGACUUCCUGCGAGAUCUUCCGUACAAGUUGUUUGAGAACGGACAGUUCAUCCGCGUGCCGAUGGUCCUCGGCACGUCCACAGACGAAGGCUCCCUCUUCGCCCCCAACGCUGCGACCCAGUCCGACAUGGCCAUCUUCCUCCAGAACAACUACCCCCUCCUUACCGAAAACGACACAACUGCCAUCCUGUCGCACUAUCCCCAGUUGCCCCCCUUGCCAGCCCACAACCCCUGGUUCCCAACAGCCAGCAAGGCUUACGGUGAGGCAACCUUCAUUUGCCCGCAGCACAACGUGCAAACCUACCUCGACAUUACCGCCAACUCCAGAAACGCCACGAACAGGCUAUACACCUAUCGAUACAAUGUCCUCGACAGCGAAAACCUCGCCGCCGGUCUCGGCGUUCCGCACCUCUUCGACGCCGCCGCAAUCUUCGGCCCAGACGCGCUCCCCGCCGCCAGGGCAAGCUACAAGACGUACAACGCCGGCGUGGUGCCGCUGCUGAUGGGCUACUGGCUGAGCUUUGUACGUACGCUAGACCCAAACAGGCAUCGCAUGCCCGGGUCUCCGGUAUGGGAGGCAUGGGAUCAUCGGAGCACGAAGAGGCUUGUCAUUGAGACGGUUGGGGCAAGGAUGGACGGUGGGGAUGACGGGGAGAAAGAGAGGUGCCGGUUCUGGCUUGGGUUGGGACGGGGGAGGAUGAGGCAGAGGAGGAGUGUGUAA